CUUGCGGGAGAUUCACAUUGAAGUGAAAAAAAAUAAAUUUUCAAAGAUGGUGCAAGUUAAGGAGGAACAUCAGAAGGCUCUCUGCAAUCUCGUAUACCGCCCAAAUGAGCCAGCUUUUGCGCCCAAAGGUCAAAUUUACUACGAGAUCCCUGCAUCAGCCAUGCCGGAUCAGUACAAAGGCAUGGGGCAGGAUCUCGAGACGCGCUUCAGUGAAACGGAAAGUGAUAAAGUGCGCGUCAAUGUGAAGGAGCUCAAAUGGCCAGAUUUGAGUUUUGCAAAAUCAAUUCGUCGUGAGGAUUCCUUCAAUAUUUUCUUCCAACCCCACAUUGAGGUUGCUGGGAAGCUCAUUGAGAUCUUCUACAAGUUGGAGUCGGCUGAGGAUCUCCUUGCGUGUGCUGUGUAUGCCCGUGAACGCGUCAAUCCGUACCUAUUUGUCUAUUGCUUCUCCGUGGCAAUGGCCAAUAGGGACGAUACGAAAGAUAUAGUUGUACCAGAUGCCCUAAUGUCCUUCCCCAACAAAUAUAUUCCCAAAUCCACCCUGGCAGAAGCAAAGGAGCUUUGCUACGUUGUUCCAGGUGAACUACGUAAGCCCAUUGUUAUUCCACGCAAUUGGACUGCAAGUGAUCUCGAUCCUGAACACAAAUGUGCCUUCUUCCGUGAAGAUCCUGCUAUUAAUCUACAUCACUGGCAUUGGCAUUUGGUGUAUCCUUUCUCUGGACCCAUGGAGAUCGUCAACAAAGAUCGACGUGGGGAACUGUUCUACUUCAUGCACAACCAAAUGAUCAAUCGUUACAACUGCAACAGAACCUGCGUGGGACUCCAUCGUAUUGUACCCUACAAUGAUUUCCCUAAUGACAUUGCUGAAGCAUACUACCCCAAGUUGGACAAUCACAACUCCUCCCGAAUGAUUAUUGGACGACAGCGAGGAUACCAAUGGAAGACUAUCAACGGGAUAACAAGUCCAGCUCUCACAGUACAAGACAUGGUAACGUGCGUUGAGAGAAUCAAAGCUUGCAUAACGCUUGGAUAUUGUAUUCUACCAAAUGGAGAGAAGCAUCAUCUAACCGUGGAGAAUGGUAUAGAUGGAUUGGGAAAUAUGAUUGAGUCUUCAAUACUUUCGUGCAAUUCCUUCUUCUACGGAAGCUUACACAACAAUGGGCACAUGAUGUUUGCCCAAGCAGCCGAUCCUGCAGGUGUCAAGUACCUGGAAGGCAAUGGUGUUAUGGCAGACACAGCCACAGCUAUGCGUGAUACCGUUUUCUAUCGUUGGCACAAGUUCAUCGAUGACCUCUUCUGUGACUACAAAUACACCCUUCCGCCCUACACUGAAGAAGAACUCUCCUGUCCAGGUAUCAAAGUGGACAAAGUUAAUCUGAUUGUUAAUCAAAAGUACACCCAGGAGGUUUGCACAUUCUGGCAGUGGGAUGAUGUAAAUUUGGCUCUUGGUUUGGACUUUAACGGCGACGGUAGUCAUCCGGUUUACGUGCGCUACUGCCAUCUGAACCAUGAGGACUUCAUCUACAAGAUCAACGUUACAAACUCAACGGACAAACCUAUUAAGUGCACUGUUAGAAUCUUUAUGUUUCCUUUCAAGAAUGAAAGUGGAACAGAGUAUGUAACUGAUAUGUAUCGAAGGAAUGCAAUUGAGAUGGAUUGGACAACGGCUACUUUCCCACCGGGUGAAACAAAAUUCUUCCGCAGCUCUAAGGAUUCUAAUGUGACAAUCCCAUUUGAUAGAAGCUUCUCAACUGCCUGGAAGCAGGAUGCCCAGACAAUUCGCUCAAUGGAUGCUUCAGUGUGUGCCUGUGGACUUCCAGCUCAUCAUCUACUCCCCAUUGGUACCCCUGAAGGCUUCCCCUGUCAACUAUUUGUAAUGCUAACACCCUAUGAAAAGGACAAGACAAAUGAGGACAUCAAUGUAGCCUGCAACGAUAAUUCAGUCUUCUGCGGUAUUCGCGAUAGGAAGUACCCGGAUAAACGUGCCAUGGGCUUCCCCUUUGAUCGUGUUGUUCCCUUUGCAACUAUUAAGGAUUUCGUAAAUCGUGACAACAUGAACCUAACGGACUUUAAGAUCAGACAUAAGAAUAUCGAAAUUAAGGGACCUCACUGCAGUCCUGAUAGUACCGACUACUAAAUUGACUAACCUGCAAAACUUUUGAUUUAAAUUAAAAAACAAAGACGACCCUUUGCAAUGACUAUUGAUUAUUCUUGAAAUUAUUUUUUAUUAUAUACAGUUGAAGUCCUCAUCAACGAACAAUCGGAUGUACUACUCUCGCGUAUUAAAAAUAAUACGCAAGAGUAGUACAUCCGAUUGUUCGUUGAUGUGGACUUCUACUGUACUACAUAAUCCCUAUCUAGCAUUUAAAAAAAAACCGUUAAAUCAGCUACGCUUUAGUUUUAAGAACAUCUUAAAGAGGACAAUAUUUAUGAGGAAUGCUUGAAAUACAUAUAAAUUAUCGAAUAAAUUAAUAUUGCAAGUCAAAAAGCA